AUUAUUCACCUGAAGCGAUUCGAAUUUUUGAGAUCUGAAGGACGUAUGGGAAAAUGCAAGCGAGUCAUCACAUUCCCACUACGGCAGUUUGAUCCCGCACCAUUUGUGGAUGGUAACGGCGAGAAAAGCAAGUACGAGUGCAUAGCGAUUGCUAACCACUAUGGACAGUUGUCGUCGGGACAUUUCGUGGCGUAUGCUCGUGGUAAUGACGAAAAAUGGCUAUUGCUCAACGACUGCUCUGUCAGAGAAGUUACGGAAGAAGAGGUAGAUCGUGCCGGUGCGUAUCUUUUGUUCUUCGAGAGGAAGGAUUGA